AUGGGCGCGCUCUGCUCGGCGUUUGGUCGAUGGGCCAGACGUUUGUCGGAGUCGCGGCGACUGUGGCGCGGCUACAGGGAGCGCGACACCGAACUGCUGGUGGCCGGCCAGCUGACGGCCGCCCAGGCCUCGCGCUGCCAUCUGUUCCUGCAGCGGCUGCCAGCGGCGGCGCCCGAGCCGGCGGACCCCCUGACGACACGUCAGCGCGCCAGAGUCGAACGUCUGGUGCUGGACACGACCAGCUUGGACCCGCCAUUCGUUACGGUCCGGGAAGGCGCUGCGGGCAACUUCACGUACAGCGGCUACCUGAUCGACCUGUGGAACAUCGUGACGGCCGAGCUGGGCUUGCCGUUCCGCCUGCUGCCGCCGGGGCCCAGUGGCUCAGGGGCGCUCCUGCAGAAUGGCACCUGGACCGGCCUGGUCGGGGAGCUGGCGGAGAAGCGCGCCGACGUGGCCCUGUCCUGGUUCUUUUACCGGGACGACCGUGCGACGGUUGUGGACUACGUCAAGAAGGUGCCCAUGCACACCGGUGUGUACCAGUUCGUCCUGCGCGCCGGCAAGCGAACCCAUUCGUCCAUUUUCGACAUGUUCGCCUCACUGCUGCGACCGCUGGACGGCAACGUCUGGCUCAUGAUCUUGCUGUCGCUGGCGGUGUUGUCUGGUGCGCUGACGGCCACAGUCCGCCUGAACCGCCGACGGGGCGAGAGUGACCUCAUCUGCCGAGAGUUCACCUUCGGCUCCAGCUGUCUCGCCGCCUUCAUGAUGGUGACCAGCCAGGGCUGGGCUGUCACCCCUAACUCGGCGUCGGCUCGCAUCGUCACGCUCUCCGGAUGGAUCAUGGGCAUGCUGAUCAGCGUGGGGUACACGGCCAAUCUGAUCUCUCACCUGGUGGUGGUGCAGCCCGUGGCGCCGAUCGGCACUCUGGCGCAGUUCGCCGCCGAGACGGAGUGGACGCUGGCGAUGCAGCCGAGCCCCGGCGAGAUCGGAGACUGGGCGAAGAGCUCAGAUCCAACCGAGCGCCAUCUGUACGACCGGGUGGUGUCGGGGGAGCGACUCCUCCGGCUGGACGGCACCACACAGACCUUACGUGCCGCCGCUCAGCCGCGCACGCUGCUCUUGUACGACGCCGAGCUCCUGCUCACGGCCAUCGGCGAGGAGGCGUGCCAGCUGAUGCCGCUGCCGGAGCGACGCCGCAGCCUGGCGCCCAAGUCCUUCUACAUGGUGCUGAGGAAGGGCCUGGCGCCGCACGUCACCAAGGGCAUCAACAGAGUGCUUCAGCAGCUGCUGCAAACCGGCACGUUGGACCGGCUGAAGCAGCGAUGGUUCCGGCAGCGUCAGCAGCAGUGCUCGUGCGGCAUGACCUUCCAUCCACUGGCGCUGGUCGACCUGCAGGCUGUGCUUAUGAUCGUGCCGCUGGGCGCGCUGGCCGCCUUCCUGCUGCUGGCCGGGGAGCUGCUGAUCGGACGACGUGGCAGUGAUCGGGUGUCCGGCGCGCCGGCCGCUAGGAUGCAGGAGGGGAGGGGGAAGGACCGACCGCACCGCUACUCUGAAUAG